AUGAAAUACCAUGUUGCUUCACCAAAGAGGAAGAAAGGAGGUCUCUUGCUAGAGCUGGAUGAGAAAGAGGAAGAAAAGGCUCAGCAAAAUGAAGAGGAGGAGGAGGAAGUGGAUAAUGUAGAGCAGGUGAAAAGAAGAAGAGAAAAAGAAAUAAAAAAGAAAGAGGAUGCUCUUUGGGCCAGCUUCCUUAGCGAUGUGGGACAGAAACCCAAAGCAGUGGCUGCCACUCAGGCUGAGAAGGCUGAAGGAGAGAAGAGUGGGAACAAGCUUCAGAAGAAACCAAAAGAUUCAGGAAAAGUGACAAUCACCAAAAUAUUUGAUUUUGCUGAUGAGGAGGUCAGAGUGACUAAAGAAGUGGACUCCACCUCAAAAGAAGCUAAAGCUUUUCUGAAGCAGCAAGAGAAAUGGCAGUCAGCAGCUCCAUCUUCCCUCCCAACAGUCUCUGGGGUGAAGAGGCCAAGUGGUAUGAGCAGCCUCCUGGAGAAGAUUGGCUCCAAAAAGCAGAAGAUGAGCACAUUGGAGAAAUCUAAACUGGACUGGGAGAACUUCAAGGAGGAGGAGGGGAUUGUGGAAGAACUGGCGAUCCAUAACCGAGGGAAAGAUGGGUACAUCGAGAGGAAAGCAUUUCUGGAGCGCGUGGAUCACAGGCAGUUUGAAAUCGAACGCGACCUCAGACUGAGCAGGAUGAAGCCCUGA